GAAUGUGUGACUGAGGGGUUCGGGGGCUUUUGGAGGGGCCAUGUGAGUUUGGAUUGGAUUAAGCUGGACUCUGUGGAGCUUCCUUCAGUCUGCAGGCACCAUGGCUCAGCUGGUGGAGUGCGUCCCCAACUUCUCAGAGGGUCGAAACAAAGAGGUGAUCGAUGCCAUCUCAGCAGCCAUCUCCAGCACCCCUGGCUGCAGCCUGCUGGACGUCGACCCUGGGGCCUCCACGAACAGGACCGUCUACACCUUUGUGGGCUCUCCUGAUGCAGUGGUGGAGGGAGCGCUAAACGCCGCCCGCCAGGCCUUCAGUCUCAUUGACAUGAGCAAACACUCAGGUGAGCAUCCUCGGACCGGAGCGCUGGACGUUUGUCCCUUUAUCCCCGUCCAGAACGUCACCAUGGAAGCUUGUGUGCGGUGUGCCAACAUUUUUGGACAGAAACUGGCAGAGAUGCUGCACGUGCCCGUGUAUCUUUACGGAGAAGCAGCUCGAGCAGAGACCAGGAGAAGCCUUCCAUCUGUGAGGGCCGGAGAGUACGAAGCUUUACCUGAAAAGUUGAAACGUGAUGAAUGGGCCCCUGACUUUGGCCCCGCCCUCUUUGUACCAUCUUGGGGUGCCACGGUAACCGGUGCUCGCAAGUUCCUCAUCGCCUAUAAUGUGAACCUGAUCAGCACCAAAGAACAGGCUCAUCGCAUCGCGCUGGACAUCAGGGAGCAGGGUCGAGGGAAGGACCAGCCUGGGCUGCUGAAGAAGGUGCAGGGGAUCGGCUGGUACCUGGAUGAGGCCAACAUUGCUCAGGUGUCCACCAACAUCCUGGACUACGAGGUGACCCCCCUCCACACCGUGUAUGAGGAGAUCUGCAGAGAUGCAGAGGACCUGAGCCUGCCUGUGGUCGGCUCUCAGAUUGUUGGGCUGAUCCCUCUGAAGGCCCUGCUGGAUGCUGCUGACUUUUACAUCCAGAGAGACCGACUCUUCAUCAUCGAAGAGGAGCACAAAGUCCGACUGGUGAUCAGUAAACUCGGACUUGACUCCCUCGGUCCAUUCAACCCAAAGGAGAGAAUCAUAGAGUACAUGGUGAAGUCACAGGAAGAUGAACAACUGGUGUCUUUGUCUCUGCGGCAGUUUGUUCAGAGUGUCGGCGCUCGGACUGCAGCUCCUGGAGGAGGAUCUGUUUCUGCUGCCAUUGCUGCUCUGGGUGCAGCACUGGGGGCCAUGGUUGGUCAGAUGACAUAUGGGAAGAGGCAGUUUGAGAAUCUGGACAGCAUGAUGAGGAGGCUGAUUCCUCCGUUUCAUCAGGCCAUGAAUGAGCUGCUGCACAUGGUGGAUGCCGACUCCUCCGCCUUCAACAGCUACAUGGCAGCACUGAAAAUGCCAAAGAACACGGCAGAGGAAAUUAAAAGGAGAGAAGCUGCCAUGCAGGAGGGGCUGAAGCGAGCUGUUGGGGUCCCGUUGGCUCUGGCUGAGAGGAUCAGCGUCCUUUGGCCGUCUCUUAAAGAAAUGGUCGCCUAUGGAAACAUCGGCUGCAAGUCUGAUGCUCAGGUAGCAGCUAAAGCUUUAGAAACAGCUGUUUUUGGAGCGCACUACAACGUCACGAUCAACCUCAAAGACAUCACAGAUGAAGCCUUCAGAGCAGCUACUCAGAAGAGAGCAUCAGAGCUGCUGCAGGAAGCCAAAGAAAGCACAGCCGCUGUUCUCCAUGCUGCAGAGAAAAGAAACUGAAAAGACUGAAUAAUAAAUGCAAUAAAGUGAAUCUGAAGCUCUCUGAUUAGAAGCACUGAGCCUUUGAUACAAGACAAAGCUGCUAAAAUGUUACUGAAAUAUGAUAUUGGACAAAUUUAGCAAGUAUUGCUUUAUUUGCAUACAUUUACCCACACAUCAUUCUUCAUAUAAUUCCAUUCAUCCAUUAUCUUCCGCUUAUUCUGUUC